AUGAUACAUCAUAUAUUACUUCAGAAAGGAACAAUAGUAUCUCAUUGCUUCAAAUAUGGUUAUGAAUCAGGCGUAGAACCAAUGGGGGAUGCUUGGUUGCAAUUCCGAAACUUGCUAUCAUAUGUUGCUCUUGUUUUUGUUGUUUUUGAUAUUGAAGCAGUCUUUGUUUAUCCGUGGCCAAUGAGUUUGAUGUAUUAGGUGUAUCCGUAUAUAUAGAAGGUUUAGUUUUUGUGCUCAUCGCAAUUGCUGGUUCAGUUUAUGCAUAG